AUGUGCCUCCCUUCCUCCGGCGGCCCUGGCAGCGCGCCGCCCUUUACCUUCCCGGACCUCGGUCCAGUCGUCCAGGCUUCGGCUGCUGUUCCAGUAGCUGCGGUGCCCUCAUCUGGUGCUGGUGGUAGCGCUGGAGCUGCGCCGUCACCAACUCCCGCCUCUGGAGGAGCACGCGGGGUGGCGGGCAGUCUCCAGGCCGCAUCUUCAAUCGUCGCAAGCCAAGGUUCCGCUGCAACUGCUGGAGAGACUUCGGCUUCGAGUGCAGUGGCUCCGACGUUGCUAACACCCGCUUUGCCGUUUGCUAGCGGGGCUUCGUCGGACCCUGCGGGUACUCAGCUGAUCCCCCGACCUUCGCCUGACUCGAGUCCUCUGCGCGAGUCUUCGUCGAAUGCUGCACACUUCUGCCGCACGGGCGACCCGCUUCUUGCAACUGCGCACGAGGCUUCGGGACUUCCUCCGCGUCCUUCCGCACAGCGGUAUGCUGUCAAAGACAUCGUCCACCACGAGGUGCAGGCUGCGGUCGAAGAGCUUUGCGAGCACUCGGAACGACGCUUCGCAAACUUCGCUCAGCUGAUGGUCGGCUUGGCGCGCCAACACUUCGAGUCGCUGCUCAAUCAGGAGACGGAUCUCAAGAAUCAGGCUCAGAUCCUGUGCACCCCAGCCUCAUUCGAGCGCAACGAGCUCUUCGAGGUGGUCAAGUCGCUUCGCCACAUGCGCGACAAAGUUUCGCGUCAGCUGAGGAAGCACAACACUGCCAUGGCUACGAACGACGAGACGAUCGCUCUCCUGAGGUUACAGUGUGAGCGCUACGAGGCUUCGCUCAAGGCUUCGGACUCGCUUCUGGCGAAGGAUCGUGAGCUCUUUAAGUCGGGUCUCCAAGAGUACAACCGCAACAUGCGGCAGCUCCGAAGCCUGCUCGUCAACCAAGCGCGUGACCAACCGGAGGCUCGAGAGCUCGUUCGUCGCAUGGAUGACAACGUCCUGUCCAGAGCAUUCGAUGCUUUCUUGGAGGUGUUCGACUCUGCGUACUCCACUCCAAGUGCGGCUUCUGCAUCUUCAAGUUCUCGUGAAUCUUCGUCUCGUGCUGGCACUACUCGCCGUCGAGCUGCUACUCCGGCUGCUACCCAAGCCGAUGUCUCGAUGGAGCCAGCUGAGUCAGGCAAUGACUCAGACGGCGAGUCGACCAGUCCUCGACCAGCCAAGCGUCGUAAGCAUGCUCAUCGCAAGUCUCGGGAGACGCAACAGACUGCGCGGGUGCGCGUGUCUUCUCGUACGUGCGCUGCAUCCAAGGGAGCUACAAGACUCGGUCGUUCUUCUGUCAACUUGCAGGAGAGCGACAAUCAAGUGUACCCCUUACAUGAAGAGUGA